UGCUCUCAUUUGUUGUCUUCUGUUUAAGUUCCUUUUGUUAGGGUACCUGCUAACCAGAGAUGUGAAACUGCCGUGGAUCAUGAGAAACCUAAUGGCUUUGGGUCUUUUGGAACAUGUUCUUUAACAACGUGGAAAGGCAUUAGAUGAGCUAUGCCAUGUAACAGAAUUGUCUUAAAGUGGGAGGUCUGGCCCUCUUCUGUGGUACAGAGAAUUCAGCUUUCUCCCUACUUGAUGUGGGGGCAGCUACGGCAUCUUCUCUUGGCCUGUCGAUACGACGAGGGUUACUUAGCGACAGGAAGUUAUAAAAAUGAGGAUGAGAAUGAUAAUACGGAGGACAAAUCAAAGGAUCCCAUAUCCUUUCAGCCCAUGGGAUCAGAGCGGAUGGAGAUGCGAAAGAGGCAGAUGUCGGUGCAGCAGGAGUCGGUGGCGGGCACCACAGCACCGGCGCAGAACGAGCAGCCUGGCCAGGGGAACCGUGGCUCCAAUGCCUGCUGCUUCUGUUGGUGCUGUUGCUGCAGCUGCUCCUGUCUCACUGUUAGGAAUGAAGACAGAGAAGAGAGGAACCGGAGAGCCUCGUAUGAUUUUAAAGCAGAGGGGAAUGCGGACUUCGAAGAAAGUCUGAAUCCGACUGCGGAGGAGGUCCUCUUGUGGGGGCAAUCUUUCGACAAACUGAUGCACUGCCCCACUGGAAGAAGUGCCUUCCGGCAGUUUCUGCGCACUGAGUUCAGUGAGGAAAACAUGCUCUUCUGGUUAGCCUGCGAGGAAUUCAGUAAGGAAACUAAUAAGAGCGUCAUCGAGGAGAGGGCGCGGAUAAUAUAUGAAGACUACGUCUCUAUCCUCUCACCCAAAGAGGUGAGCCUCGACUCUAGAGUUCGAGAGGUUAUAAACAGGAACAUGUUGGAGCCAUCAUCCCACACGUUUGACGAUGCCCAGCUCCAGAUAUACACACUAAUGCAAAGAGACUCAUAUCCGCGAUUCAUGAACUCGCAGGUCUACAAAACCCUGCUCAAGACAGUCCCUGAGCAGUUGGUGGAAUCUUAGAUCUCUGUGAUCCCGGUCGAAUGCCCCCUCCCUAUCUUUUGUUUGUUACCUUUUCUUGUGUAGAAUAUGUUUAAAAGGACCUCAGCGUGGGUCUUCCCAGGGAUUUUACCGCUAUAGCGAUCUGUACCUGAAAAAAAGACGCUCAGGUCUCCAGGUUACUGGAUU